UUUGGCACGAAUCAGCGCUCAUUGGGCGAAAAUCGAUGUGACUGGAAAAGUAGUUCCGGCGUAGGAAAGCGUCAUGCGGCAUCCCCUCCAACAGCCAAAUGACGCAGCUGGCUUCUUCCGUUGCGGAUACUCAGAUCUAUCGGGUGUACCAAAUUCUCUCAGAAAUCUUGUGACCGAGCAAAUAAUAACAGAGACUAAAUAACAAGGAGAGGGGUUUGUAACGAAUCUUAUAAUAGCUAACAAUAGAAACGAUUCGAGAAUCUUCGAGAGAGGCUCCGAACGUUAUAAAAUCUUAAUCCCAAUACAACGGGCGAACAUACAUCCAUCACAGUUCGCACAACUUGUGAAAAGUCAAUGCUCAAAAAUGGCAAGCUACAUGACGGCAUUAGUCUGCAUCUUGACAAUCGCACUCGCGAAUAUAGUUUGCGGCUAUUGGAUGGACAAGACCCUGGAUAUCAAAGAGGAGUGGAAUGUUGGAGGACUAAUAAAUGCUAAUCCCACCGACACUGAGAAAUAUCCAUUUAUGGUCUCUAUAAAAAGUGAAGGAACUCACAUAUGCAGUGGCGCCAUGCUCACUCAGGUCUAUGUUAUAACCAACGCCCGCUGUUUAGAAAUGUGGCAAGAAAGUUCCUCAGCGAAAAAUUUAACUGUCGUUACUGGAAGUUCUAUUCUCCAAUGUGGUGGAAAAGCUUACAACGUCGAUAAGAUAUUCUUCCACGACGAAUACGCAAAAAAUACAGAUUAUGUUGGCGAUUAUAUGCAUAACAUCGCUUUAAUUCGGGUGGAGAAGAUUAUGGAAUACAACUCGUUGCAGUGGCCGGUAAAGCUACCGAAUUGCAAAGAUCCUCCUCCGUCGUGUGAAAGAGCUGAAAAUGUAGACUGGGGUAUGCUCUACAAAGAUGGUCCCGUGUCGAAUAACCUGCAAGUGUCAUACCCUUUUCAAAGUGACAGAUGGAAAUGUCAGGGCGACUAUUAUGAAACUAUCAAGAUCGCUCCUGGCGACUUCUGUCUCUUCACGGGCGUCAAAGUAGGAACGUGUCAUGGUAGUUUCGGCGGCUCUGUAAUGUGUAAAAACUACCUGAUUGGGAUAACUUCUGGUGUAACAAGUUGCUACUUAGAGUUACCACUUAUAGCAACCGACAUCUGUUCGCAUUAUAAAUGGAUUGAAAGGAUUAUCGCGAACUGAUAUAAUUAACAGUUUACCUCGAGCAUCAUUCGGACAGCGCAUCUAUUUAAAUAUAGACUGUCCCGAAUAAAAUUGGCCUGUUAAAUGGUUAAUUAAAUCAAUUAAACGGGUUUCU